CUCAAGAGUUUUAUCACAAUCUCUCAAGACUCCUCAUUGCUUCGGUGUGUCGAAUGCCAUUAGCAACACAAAAACCAACAUGGGUUUUCAUCAAAAGUUCAUGAUCCUUCUCUGCUUGCCUCUAUUGCUAUCUCAAACCAUUUCUGCCUAUUCCUCUAGCGAUGUGAAAUCUUGGUGUAGCAAAAUGCCUUAUCCACAGCCUUGUGAGUACUUCUUGACCCACCACCCCAAGCAGGCUCCCAUCAAGCAAAAGUCCGAUUUCCUCAAGGUCUCGAUGCAACUCGCACUCGAGAGAGCUGAACUGGCCCAUAGCAACACGCACUCGCUGGGGUCAAAGUGCAGCAACGAGCGCGAGAAGGCUGCUUGGGCCGACUGCCUCCAGCUGUAUGGGAACACAAUCCUUCGUCUGAACCGAACUAUUGUCCACGAGUGCACCCAGGAUGAGGCGCAGACGUGGCUCAGCACGGCCUUGACCAAUCUCGAGACGUGCCGAACCGGGUUCGUUGAAUUAGGCGUCCCAGACAAUGUUCUGCCUUUGAUGUCGAAUAAUGUUACCAAGUUGAUAAGCAACACUUUGUCCCUCAACUAUGCACCCUACACUACGCCAAACUACCCGACGAAAUUUCCCACUUGGGUGAGGCCCGGCGACCGAAAGCUCUUGCAGUCUUCCUCCACGGCGUCUAAGGCCAAUAUCGUGGUCGCCCAGGACGGUUCAGGGAACUACAAGACGAUUAGUGAAGCCAUAACCGCGGCAUCAAAGCGGUCUGGCACUGCGAGGUACAUCAUCUACAUCAAGGCCGGUACGUAUAAAGAGAACGUCGAAGUAGGAUCGAAAUUGGAGAACAUUAUGUUCAUCGGUGAUGGUAUUGGGAAGACCAUUAUCACGGGAAGCAAAAGCGUCGGCGGAGGCUCUACCACUUUCAAUUCGGCAACUGUUGCUGUAGUUGGUGAUGGAUUCAUCGCACAAGGUAUCACUUUCCGCAACACUGCUGGUGCAGCAAAUCACCAAGCUGUUGCCUUGCGCUCUGGCUCUGAUCUCUCGGUGUUUUAUAAAUGUGGUUUUGAGGGUUAUCAAGACACUCUCUAUGUUCAUUCGGAGCGCCAAUUCUACAGAGAGUGUGACAUCUAUGGUACCGUCGACUUCAUCUUUGGGAAUGCGGCUGUUGUUUUCCAGAAUUGCAAUAUCUACCCCCGAAACCCUCCCAACAAAACUAAUACUAUCACCGCACAAGGCCGAACCGACCCGAACCAGAACACCGGCAUCUCUAUCCACAAUUGCAAAGUCACCGCAGCUUCGCACCUAAAAUCGGUUCAAAGCUCCGUUAAGACAUACCUCGGUAGGCCGUGGAAAGAAUAUUCCAGGACGGUUUUCAUGAAGACUUAUCUUGAUAGCUUGGUUAACUCUGCUGGUUGGAUGGAGUGGGAUGGCAACUUUGCCCUCAACACUCUGUACUAUGGAGAGUAUCUGAACACAGGUCCGGGGUCAUCGACUGCUAAUAGGGUCACAUGGAAAGGUUACCAUGUCAUCAAAAGCGCGACCGAGGCUUCUAAGUUCACCGUUGGGAGCUUCAUUGCCAGCGGCUCUUGGUUGCCCGCCACCAGCGUGCCGUACACAUCCGGCCUUUAAGCUUUUUAAACAUAGGAAAUCAGAAGUGGAAUGCUGGUCCUACAAGAGUACAACGCGGCUCACAAGGAAAGCUUGCGUUCUGUCACAAUGCAGCACAUAGAUAAUAAGCAAAAAUUCUUUCUUAAAGAGUUCCCAUUCGUUAUAGAUAUCCUCUGUAAUAAAGUGAUCAAGUUUUCAUUCUUUCGUGAUUAUAAUUUGUUGUUCUUUCAAGAUUGUACUUUUACGGUGAUUUUCAUACGUUUUUUCUGCCUAUAUAUCACAUUUUCAGCAUUGG